AUGUCACCAAGCACCUGCCAGUCGCCAUUCCAACCUGCAACAGCACAUAGUAUACCGAGUUUGCCCUGUUGGAUCACCGAAAUUGUCUGUCCGCUUAACAACCACCCACGACUAUCCUGCAUUCGGAUUCUGAAGAUACCGCUCAAGUGA